AUGGUCUUUUGCUAUACAGAUAUCCAUCCCGGAAACUUUAUCAUUAGUGACGACGGACAUAUUACGAUUAUUGACUUCUCAGAAACAAGUAUACUCCCAUCCAGCUUUGCUAGAUAUGCAGUAAUUAGCUCAUACCAUAACCCCGAGUACAAAAUUGCGCCCUGGAUAGACAUACCCGGCGACUGCGACGAGGUAGCUGAAAACACAUUCGCACUCUUUGAGUCUAGCCGCAAGCUGGUUAUGAGUUAUCACAGGUUUUGUGAAAUAGGCGACCGGCUAUUCGGCACUGACCCCCUCGAGGUUGACCCUUCAUUAUCUUGCACACCUGGAAUGCCUAUGAGCUGA